AUGAAAUCGGAAACAGAAAGAGUAUCAAAGACAACGGAAUGUAUAACGCGCGUCAGACGUACGUUUAUUUUGACGUUUGCCCUCAUGUUUCUGACGUUGACGUUUCUGUAUGGUACGACGGAACACUAUGACAAAAGCGCAUAUUUCCAAUCCCUUCGACCACAACAACAGAUAAUUCGAAACGACACCAAGUAUGUUUAUAACGUUUUAAAGUCGGAAAAGGGAUCGAAACUGAUCCGUAUUUUUGAAAACUCUACAAAAAACACUCACUCACAGCUGUUCAACUCUUCAAAAGUCCGUCCACAGUCACCCAAGGCUGUGCCAAAUCAAACUAAAUUUACAAAACCAGUGAAUCUUGUUCAAGAAUCGAACGGAAAUACCAUUUUAAAACCAGCAAUUGCGCAACGGAAUGAAACACCAAAGAAAGAAGAUCACCAACCCAAAAGCGAGGUAAAAACUCAAAAAGAGGCACCAAUGAAAUCCAAUCAGCAAUUAACAACUGGCGAUUUACCUCUACCUUACAUGCGAAACCAGUUCGACAUACGGCGGUUCGAGCCGAAACUCCCAGCGAAGUUGACGGGCCUCACUCCCCUGAAGCCGGGGAUCCCUGAAAGCAGCGAGUUUCCAGGGAUGCCGGACCCCUGUGCCGCACCUCGGCGUAACACCGGGGUGGAAGAUAUUCUUUGCAUGAAACCCCCUGAAUUCUUACCGGAAUACAAGAACCCGUGCUGGUACGACAAUGGCCAGUUCCGGUGCCUCCCUUACUUCCAUCUGAUCGGUAUCUGCAAGAGCGGAACCUCCGACCUGUUUAAGCGUCUGCACCUGCACCCCGACAUCGUCCCUAACAGAGGCAUCUUUGGCAAGGAGAUCUGGUACUGGUCAUGGAAACGCUUCUGGAUAAGUGAGUUUUCGGGGAAGCUGAAGCAGGGCAUGACCUUGAGAGAUUUCACCAACCAGUUUCAAACCACCAUUAUACAGAAAGGGGUGGGUCCAAAAGGAAACCACAAUAAAAUAACCGGCCAUGGCGACCCCAUGGAUAUCUGGGACCGGUUCCUCGAGUCGAACACGCCCCAGAACUCACCCGGAGCCGAGGAACUGCUCUGGACCACGCCCUACGCCGCCAAGCACAUCAAUCCCAACGUAAAAUUGCUACUGAUGCUCAGGGAUCCCGUAGACAGGUUGUACUCGCACUAUUUCCACGGAGGAUAUGGCAACUCGGCGCAGUCGUUUCAUGAGCACGUAAGUGCCUCGGUGCCCCUUUGGUAUGAGUGCACUUCAAAACAUACGAUCCGACACUGCAUCUACGACGAUAAUCUAUUUAAACAUAUUCCAGCUCCGAUUUACACGAGUUUUUACAUCGUGCACCUGCUGGAGUGGUUGAAGGUGUUCCCACGCGAGCAACUCUUCGUCUUCCGGAACGAGGACUACACGAGUGAUAUCCGGGCAACCAUUUCCAGCAUAUGUCGCUUUCUCGAUAUAGCGCAACCCAGUGAACCCACGCUGAAGUCAAUGGCGGGACUAGGCGCCUUUUACGCGACCGCGAAGAAGCAGGCGGCCGGCCCCAUGCUCCUUGAGAGCCGGAAGCUGCUCGUUGAUCUCUACCGUCCCUACACCGAGGAGCUGGCCCGUUUCCUUGGAGACGAACGGUUUGGCUUCCGGGAUAAGUCGUUCGCUUGA